AUAAUCACCCUCGCUUUCUGAAAAGCGCAUUUAUCAACCGAUCGUUCAGCUCGCUCGUCUGGGCAGACGCUGUUUUGAUGUAAAACUGCAAUGGAUUUCCACAUCUUACGAAUUGCUCUUUUGAGCUUCAUUCUCAUUCAUCUUACGAAUGCGCAGCAGAACACAGAAUGCACGUGUCCAUGCAGAGAACGCACAUUGGUUUCCCACUUGAUCUCAGUUGGUGACAUGGCAGGCGCAAAUGUAUUCGAGGACGACGACCUUCCUUCAUCACCGUUUACAAUGGACAUGGAAUACAGCUGUAAGACAAAACCACAUUUGGUCCUACUCUUGUGCAACGGUGCAAUCUCAUCAUUAGAAGAUGCGGAUGAGGCUACCAACUGCUACAAAGCAGAUAUUUUGCCGGAACUGCUAAUCACGCGUUCGAAGCAUGAAUGUGGCACAUCAUCAGGGCCGAGUGGAACAGAAUCCGGCAAAUCGGGAACUGUCACCCUCCAGACAAAGACGGAUGGAGUAAAGUCUUUCAGAAUCGAGCAUAUCCAACAAAGCAGGAGCAUUGAAAUCACUGGUGAUGAGCUUGACUUCCAACUUCUGAAGAGUUUACGUAUCUUCAUCCAACAUGGAGAGCAGUGUAACAUUAGGAUCACUGCUCAUAAAUUGACCGAAUUGUCUCCAGCUGGAGAAGAACAAGGAGAAGAAGGUGCCGAGGAUAAUGGUGCAGAACCAGCAGGAGAGGAAGUAAAUAGUGAUACAGGAUCAGAGGAUGAGACAGUUGAUGAACAAACAAGCACAGAUGACGGGCCACAUGAGGAUUCCACGAAUGGAGAAGAUAAUGUAGGCGAUGCAGAUGUGGCGGACGCCCCGCCGUCGAGAGAGGAUACAAGUGUACCAACUGAAAAUGAUUCAACAGAUAAUGACGAAAGUACAGGAGCAGGAAACGAAGAAUCCGUCGAAGAUGAUUCUGUAGAAGGUGCCGAGGAUAAUGGUGCAGAACCAGCAGUAGAGGAAGCAAAUAGUUAUACGGGAUCAGAGGAUGAGACAGUUGAUGAAGAAACAAGCACAGAUGACGGGCCACGUGAGGAUUCCACGAAUGGAGAAGAUAAUGUAGGCGAUGCAGAUGUGGCGAACGCCCCGCCGUCGAGAGAUGAUACAAGUGUACUAACUGAAAAUGAUUCAACAGAGAAUGACGAAAGUACAGGAGCAGGAAACGAAGAAUCCGUCGAAGAUGAUUCUGUAGAAGGUGCCGAGGAUAAUGGUGCAGAACCAGCAGUAGAGGAAGUAAAUAGUGAUACGGGAUCAGAGGAUGAGACAGUUGAUGAAGAAACAAGCACAGAUGACGGGCCACAUGAGGAUUCCACGAAUGGAGAAGAUAAUGUAGGCGAUGCAGAUGUGGCGGACGCCCCGCCGUCGAGAGAGGAUACAAGUGUACCAACUGAAAAUGAUUCAACAGAUAAUGACGAAAGUACAGGAGCAGGAAACGAAGAAUCCGUCGAAGAUGAUUCUGUAGAAGGUGCCGAGGAUAAUGGUGCAGAACCAGCAGGAGAGGAAGCAAAUAGUUAUACGGGAUCAGAGGAUGAGACAGUUGAUGAAGAAACAAGCACAGAUGACGGGCCACAUGAGGAUUCCACGAAUGGAGAAGAUAAUGUAGGCGAUGCAGAUGUGGCGGAUGCCCCGCCGUCGAGAGAUGAUACAAGUGUACCAACUGAAAGUGAUUCAACAGAGAAUGACGAAAGUACAGGAGCAGGAAACGAAGAAUCCGUCGAAGAUGAUUCUGUAGAAGGUGCCGAGGAUAAUGGUGCAGAACCAGCAGUAGAGGAAGCAAAUAGUUAUACGGGAUCAGAGGAUGAGACAGUUGAAGAAACAAGCACAGAUGACGGGCCACAUGAGGAUUCCACGAAUGGAGAAGAUAAUGUAGGCGAUGCAGAUGUGGCGGACGCCCCGCCGUCGAGAGAUGAUACAAGUGUACCAACUGAAAAUGAUUCAACAGAUAAUGACGAAAGUACAGGAGCAGGAAACGAAGAAUCCGUCGAAGAUGAUUCUGUAGAAGGUGCCGAGGAUAAUGGUGCAGAACCAGCAGGAGAGGAAGUAAAUAGUUAUACGGGAUCAGAGGAUGAGACAGUUGAUGAAGAAACAAGCACAGAUGACGGGCCACAUGAGGAUUCCACGAAUGGAGAAGAUAAUGUAGGCGAUGCAGAUGUGGCGGACGCCCCGCCGUCGAGAGAUGAUACAAGUCUACCAACUGAAAGUGAUUCAACAGAGAAUGACGAAAGUACAGGAGGAGAACCCGUCGAAGAUGAUUCUGUAGAAGGUGCCGAGGAUGAUGGUGCAGAACCAGCAGGAGAGGAAGUAAAUAGUGAUACAGGAUCAGAGGAUGAGACAGUUGAAGAAACAAGCACAGAUGACGGGCCACAUGAGGAUUCCACGAAUGGAGAAGAUAAUGUAGGCGAUGCAGAUGUGGCGGACGCCCCGCCGUCGAGAGAGGAUACAAGUGUACCAACUGAAAAUGAUUCAACAGAUAAUGACGAAAGUACAGGAGCAGGGAACGAACAAUCCGUCGAAGAUGAUUCUGUAGAAGGUGCCGAUGAUGAUGGUGCAGAACCAGCAGUAGAGGAAGUAAAUAGUGAUACGGGAUCAGAGGAUGAGACAGUUGAAGAACAAACAAGCACAGAUGACGGGCCACAUGAGGAUUCCACGAAUGGAGAAGAUAAUGUAGGCGAUGCAGAUGUGGCGGACGCCUCGCCGUCGACAGAUGAUACAAGUGUACCAACUGAAAAUGAUUCAACAGAGAAUGACGAAAGUACAGGAGGAGAACCCGUCGAAGAUGAUUCUGUAGAAGGUGCCGAGGAUGAUGGUGCAGAACCAGCAGGAGAGGAAGUAAAUAGUGAUACGGGAUCAGAGGAUGAGACAGUUGAUGAACAAACAAGCACAGAUGACGGGCCACAUGAGGAUUCCACGAAUGGAGAAGAUAGUGUAGGCGAUGCAGAUGUGGCGGACGCCCCGCCGUCGAGAGAGGAUACAAGUGUACCAACUGAAAGUGAUUCAACAGAGAAUGACGAAAGUACAGGAGGAGAACCCGUCGAAGAUGAUUCUGUAGAAGGUGCCGAGGAUGAUGGUGCAGAACCAGCAGGAGAGGAAGUAAAUAGUGAUACGGGAUCAGAGGAUGAGAUAGUUGAUGAAGAAACAAGCACAGAUGUUGGGCCACAUGAGGAUUCCACGAAUGGAGAAGAUAAUGUAGGCGAUGCAGAUGUGGCGGACGCCCCGCCGUCGAGAGAGGAUACAAGUGUACCAACUGAAAAUGAUUCAACAGAGAAUGACGAAAGUACAGGAGGAGAACCCGACGAAGAUGAUUCUGUAGAAGGUGCCGAGGAUAAUGGUGCAGAACCAGCAGUAGAGGAAGUAAAUAGUGAUACGGGAUCAGAGGAUGAGACAGUUGAUGAAGAAACAAGCACGGAUGACGGGCCACUUGAGGAUUCCACGAAUGGAGAAGAUAAUGUAGGCGAUGCAGAUGUGGCGGACGCCCCGCCGUCGAGAGAUGAUACAAGUGUACCAACUGAAAAUGAUUCAACAGAGAAUGAAGAAAGUACAGGAGGAGAACCCGUCGAAGAUGAUUCUGUAGAAGGUGCCGAGGAUAAUGGUGCAGAACCAGCAGUAGAGGAAGUAAAUAGUGAUACGGGUUCAGAGGAUGAGACAGUUGAUGAAGAAACAAGCACGGAUGACGGGCCACUUGAGGAUUCCACGAAUGGAGAAGAUAAUGUAGGCGAUGCAGAUGUGGCGGACGCCCCGCCGUCGAGAGAUGAUACAAGUGUACCAACUGAAAAUGAUUCAACAGAGAAUGAAGAAAGUACAGGAGGAGAACCCGUCGAAGAUGAUUCUGUAGAAGGUGCCGAGGAUAAUGGUGCAGAACCAGCAGUAGAGGAAGUAAAUAGUGAUGCGGGAGCAGAGGAUGAGACAGUUGAUGAAGAAACAAGCACAGAUGACGGGCCACAUGAGGAUUCCACGAAUGGAGAAGAUAAUGUAGGCGAUGCAGAUGUGGUGGACGCCCCGCCAACGAGGGCUAAUGGAGAUGACACAGAAGAUUACUCACUGGAAAUCGAGGCGAACGGUGCGAACAUACCUAUCUACGAGGCCGAUAGUAGCUCGGACUUUGACUUAAACUUGGUAUGUUCUAAUGAAGAGAAUAUAAACGGCCUUAUAUUCUACCUCCUAUCUAACCCAUCAGGACAGGGUUACACCAUAAGAUUCGGCGCACAGGGCCUAGAUUUUACAACUCCCGAUGGCUCAAGUAUAUCAUAUACAUACGCUAUCGGCGAAGUUCCUUCUGAUGCUGCUUUGCAGUUUUCGGUGGAAGGCAAUCAACUCUUUAUUCGCAUCAGGCUGGGCGAGAGUUACACAAACCUGAUUGAAACUGGACUGACGAUUGAACGCUCCACAGUCAGAUAUAUAUGUGUUGGUGCCACCCGUGUAUUCCGCAUACGUCAUUACUGUGGCAGUCUGCAAUGGAUAUCUCAUCCUUCAAUACCUGAAGUAGACGACGAUACUCCAAGGGAACACCAAGCCUUGAACUUCGCAACCAGUGGUAACGGCAAUCCCUACUUCCAUGCCGAGUUGGCAUUCAGUCUAUCACAGCCCAGUCGAUAUGAUUUCCUUGUUCAGGCUACGGAGGGUGCGAUCAUCUACCUCUCUUCUGGACAAGAUGCAUCUUCAGCGGUCUACAGGCUUGUAAUUGGAGACGGAGGCAAUACCGUAAGCCUUUAUCGUGGCUCCGAGACAGAACCUAUCUCGACCUCAACACCAAACAUUCCAGACAACCUGCUCAGUGGGAAUAGAUAUUCACGAUUUUCUCUCACCAUCUCCCGAAAUACUGAUAGGUAUUUGACCAUCGUCCUUGAACAGAGAUUCUUCCACUCUGCUAUUGCACCAAGACUACUGAGCUAUACAGAAACUUCCACCAAAUACGAGCAGUCGGCACUUUAUCUCGGUUUCGACAGUUUUGCUGGAUACACAAUCUACUGGCGUUGCUAUUUGUUUUUCAUCAGAUCUGGAUCUUCUCUUGCUCAAGGAUACACCCAAAGAAUCGGACAUGAUAGAUAUAUUCAAGUAGGACCAUUCGCUGACGGAGACAGGAGGCUUCUUCUAGCUACUUCCUUAGAAAGUGACUUGGUCGUCGAGUUCCUGGACAGUAACAAAGUUUUAGUUGCUACAAUCUCUUUUGGUGUAGAGAACAAUGCGAAAACUGUCUUCACCCAAAAUGGAGAAGAUAUUACCGCAGAAAGGGGCCUGGAGUCAGAUAACGACCAAUAUACAUACAUCUGGAUGUCUUUCAAUGAAAUCUUCCGAGCAGGAUACCAGUUUGAAUCCGAAGCAUUCAUUACUUCCGAAAGUAUCAGUGAACUUGCCAAUAUCCGCUACGCACAGUUCAAAGCAGGCGAUAGCUCACAAACAAACCAAUACACCUGCUAUUAUUGGAGGUACUUCUACGAGGUGGACGGUGAAUUGGUCGGUCGGUUUAGUAAUAUUAAUUACAGAUGCUAUACCAUGGAAGAUGAUGCCUGGGGCCAUAGUGCGACUGUAAACAGUAAGCUACCGUCGUGCUGGACAGGCUACAUUGGUUUUGGCUCCUUCAGACAAAACGAUCUUAGAGAGAAUGAUUUCGUCAUUAGCGCAACAGAUGGAACCGACAUUGUCACUAGCGAUCAGUUCCGAAUUACCCCCGACACAACCACGGAAUUCAACAUGAUAUCAAGAGCAGGGCGGACAAGUCUUUUGAGCUCCGAUGGUGCACAAAUUCACGAAUUUGAAGCGACUGACACAGAAUACUGUCUUGCUGUCUCGCCAUGUCGAGAUUUGUCUCGGACGUCAUUCACUUCGCAAUCAUAUUCCUUCUCUCCUAAAUACGGUUUUGACGUGAAUGAUUUCAUACCAACACCGGAUAGUUUGCAGGGAAACAUCGUAGUUGAGUUGACAGGAUAUGCCUCUACGCCCGUUAUUCUUCAAUUCGCUACAGCCGAAAAGAAGAAAACCUACGCAAUCAGUUUUGACAGUGAGAUUAAAGAAAUAUCUCUAAAGCGCUUCAACGUUCCUGUCCAGUCAGAGACUGUAAAUGAGCUAAACCUGAAUGAACAGUUGUUUAAUAUUCGCAUAGGCAGUGGAACGGUUAUCGUUUACCUAGGAGAUACCAUUGUUCUUCAGUAUGCAGAUGCUGAACAACCUGAAAAAGCCGAUGCUCUUUGCCUGAUACAAAAUGCCCAAGCAUCAUUCCCAAGCAGUAGUAGCAGCAGCAGCAGCAGCAGUAGCAGCAGCAGUAGCAGUAGCAGCAGCAGUUCUGGAGGAUCCGGUAUUGAGUAG